GUGUGUGUGUGUGUGUGUGUGUCUUGCGUGCGCAUGUGUCCUUGUCAGGGUGAAGCGAGGCAGCGGAGCACGAAACACAACACAGCCACAGACAUGAACCACCUCCUGAAGGUUCCAGUUCUGGCCAGCCGAGCCUUCAGCAGCUCUGUCAGAAAGCUGAAGAACAAAGUCCCAGAGGCCCAGAAACUAUUCCAGGAGGACAACGGGUUGCCGGUCCACAUCAAGGGAGGAACCUUCGACGUUGUGCUCUACCGGGCGACCAUGACGCUAACUCUCGGAGGAACCUGCUACUCUCUGUACUGGCUGCUCGUCGCCUCGAUGCCGCAGAAGAGAGCGUAGCGAAGAACGGGCUCCGUCUAUCGCGUGGAUGACAACGCUCGCCUCCGUCUAACACUAAUGUUUGUUGUGUACAAUUCUCUGAUUGGAUGUAAUCACAAGUUGUCCUGCUUUCAACAUGGCAACGAUUAAUAUGUAAAAAAGUGUGAAGAAAAAUUUUAACUCA